AUGGAUCCAUACGCUCUUAAGAGGGACAACAGGAAGAAGUUCUUCGAUAAGGAGAAGCUUAAGCGCAAACAUGCGACUCCAAGUGAUCGUAAAUAUCGCGCCCUCAACAAGUCUGAGGAGCUGCCGCCCCCAGAGCCAGAGCUGCAGGCCAAUGACUACAGGUACCAUGAGGACAUCUCCAUGGCCCAUGGGCAAGACGAUUUCGACGCGCAGAACGUUAAUAAGAAACUCAAAGAAGUACUGAAAGGUAGGGAUGUUGAGAGCGGAUCUGCAGCCAAAAGCGUGUUGCCAAUGACGCGCAAGAAUCUCGAUUCAAUGACGGUAGCCGAACUCAACAGCCUACUACAAAGAGAUGUCGUUCCUAAUGCGGACGCCAAGCCGGCACAGGCGCCGAAUUCCUCAGCGCCAAAUUCAGCAGUCAAAUCGAGUGCCGUGAAGAGUGGCGGAAAUACAAGCGGCACUACGAAACCACAGCCUUCAGCUGUGCCAGCCGAGCUUGAGUCUGAGCAGAACUUUCUCGACGAACUCAUUUGA